AUGGGGUUCAAAUUUCUCAACUCUACACCUUAUUAUGCUCAAGCAAAUGGACAAGUUGAAGCAGCUAAUAAGGUGAUAAUAGGCUUGAUAAAGAAACAUGUAGUAAAGAAGCCAAAGAAUUGGCAUAAAACCUUAGAUCAGGCGCUCUGGGCUUGUCGAACAUCACCCAAAGAAGCAACCAACAUUACACCGUUUCAACUCACAUUUGGGCAUGAUGCAGUGUUACCAGUCGAAAUCUAUUUGCAGUUAGUCAUAAUUCAGAAGCAAGAGGAGAUUCCCCCAAAUAUAUAUUGGGAAAUGAUGAUGAAUGAGCUGGUAGAUCUAGACGAAGAAAGGUUGGGGGUAUUGGAGAUGAUAAGGAGACAAAAGAAAAGAUUAGCGAAAGCAUAUAACAAAAAGGUGAAAGCCUUGGACGGAAGUUUUCCGUCAGAAUUCUAUGCCAAAUCCUCCCUAAAAAAACAUUGA